AUGUAUCACAAAAGAUCAUCAUCUAAUUUUCCAAGCCUUUUGCUUACUGUUAAUGACUCUGUGUAUUUUCUUGUGGAACUCAAAGCAGAUGAUUCUCAACCACUAAAGAGAAACAUUGUGUUGAGCCCUAUGUUUCAUCUCCCUUCACCCAACUUGCGAUUAAUUGGUUCGUGUAAUGGGUUUGUUUGUUUGUUGAAUGGUCAUGUUGGAACUAAUCAUUCGGUUUACAUUAGCAAUCCUCUUUUGGGUGAGUAUUACAAGGUUAAAAUGCCUGAACGGGAGGAAAGAAUCCGCGUUGCUUAUGCAUUUUGCUUUAGUGAAGCCUCUCGACAGUAUAAAGUAUUGAGAUCAGUACUUAAAAUUUUUGAAGGACAUCCACAAGUAUCAGAAUUCGAGGUUUAUACUAUUGGAGUUGAUGAAAAAUGGAGAUAUGUGGGCAAGGCUCCAGAGCCUCUAUGCAAAUCAUCAUUUAGUAACGCUAACGUCAAUGGUGUUGUUCAUUGGAUGAAUACAGAUAAAAAUGACAGGAUUUACUCGUUUAGCAGUUGGACAGAAAAGGUGAAGACCCUGUUAGCUCCGCGUGGUCUGAAAACUUCAUCCUACGACUUGACGCUAGUAGAGUUGGGGAAUUGUCUAUGUUUGUGUGAUACUAACCAUAGUGAGUAUGUUGAUAUAUGGUGGAUGGAAGAGUAUGGAAUAGCUGAAUCUUGGACUAAAGAUCGCAUUUUGAAGGAUACUAUUCAACCAAAUAUCUGUCGUGAUAGAUUUAUACCAAUCUCAACUUGGAAAGAUGGAGAAAUAUUGAUGCAAAGGGAUCGUGCCACACAAGUAGUUUCUUACAACCCAAAAGAAAAGAAGUUUACGAAAGUUAAAGUGUACCUUGGAUUUGCAGCGUCUAGGUACAUCCCAAGUUUUUACUCACUCAAGACUGUCAUUGGGGAAAGCUUACAAGUCUCAUAUACUCAUCCGAAGAUUGACUUAGUUUAG